CUCUGACGUCCACUGGGGGGCGUGGCUUGGGCUCAGCUUUCAACCCACGCACGGCAGCACCAUGUACCGCGCACUCCGUCUCCUCGCACGCUCGCGUCGCCUCUUCCAGGCUCUAUCCGCCAGUGCUGCAGUCCCUGGGGGAGCGGCCCCUCUCCCGCGGUGUGUCCCGAACGUCGCGCGAAUGGCAAGCAAAAAUUCCUUCCGUAUAGAAUACGACACCUUCGGUGAACUGAAGGUCCCAGCGGAUAAGUAUUAUGGUGCCCAGACUGUGAGAUCUACAAUGAACUUUAAGAUUGGUGGUGCGACAGAACGUAUGCCAAUCCCAGUCAUUAAAGCUUUUGGCAUCUUGAAGCGAGCUGCUGCUGAAGUAAAUGAGGAUUAUGGUCUUGAUCCAAAGAUCGCUAGUGCAAUAAUAAAGGCAGCAGAUGAGGUAACUGAAGGUAAACUAAAUGAUCACUUUCCUCUGGUGGUGUGGCAGACUGGAUCAGGAACCCAGACAAACAUGAAUGUAAAUGAGGUCAUUAGCAAUAGAGCCAUUGAAAUUUUAGGAGGUGAACUCGGCAGCAAGAAGCCUGUGCACCCCAAUGACCAUGUUAAUAAGAGCCAGAGCUCGAAUGACACCUUCCCCACAGCAAUGCACAUCGCCGCUGCAAUGGAAGUUCACGGGGUCCUACUGCCCGGACUACAGAAGCUACAUGAUGCACUCAGUGCAAAAUCCAAAGAGUUUGCGCAGAUCAUCAAAAUCGGGCGAACACACACGCAGGACGCUGUCCCACUUACUCUUGGGCAGGAAUUCAGUGGAUAUGUUCAGCAAAUCCAGUAUGCGAUGGUGAGGAUAAAAGCCACCAUGCCAAGGAUCUAUGAGCUUGCUGCUGGGGGCACUGCCGUUGGGACAGGCCUCAACACCAGGAUUGGCUUCGCAGAAAAGGUGGCCGCGAAAGUGGCCGCACUCACAGGUUUGCCUUUUGUCACUGCCCCGAAUAAGUUUGAAGCUCUGGCCGCUCACGAUGCACUGGUGGAGCUUAGUGGAGCCAUGAACACAACCGCAUGCAGUUUGAUGAAGAUAGCAAAUGAUAUUCGCUUUCUUGGUUCUGGUCCUCGGUCAGGUCUGGGAGAGCUGAUCUUGCCUGAAAAUGAGCCAGGGAGUAGCAUCAUGCCAGGAAAGGUGAAUCCUACUCAAUGUGAAGCAGUGACCAUGGUUGCAGCCCAAGUCAUGGGGAAUCAUGUUGCUGUUACUGUUGGAGGCAGCAAUGGACAUUUUGAGUUGAACGUUUUUAAACCAAUGAUGAUUAAGAAUGUGUUGCACUCAGCCAGGCUUCUGGGGGAUGCUUCAGUGUCCUUCACAGAGAACUGUGUGGUGGGGAUCCAGGCCAACACAGAAAGAAUCAGCAAGCUAAUGAAUGAGUCUUUAAUGUUGGUGACAGCUCUUAAUCCACAUAUAGGGUAUGACAAAGCAGCUCAGAUCGCCAAGACUGCACACAAGAGAGGAUCAACUUUAAAGGAAACAGCUAUUGAACUCGGCUAUCUCACAGCAGAACAGUUUGAUGAGUGGGUAAAACCCAAGGAUAUGCUGGGUCCAAAGUGAUUUAAUUAAAUUUGUAUUAAAAUAAACUUAUAUGAAAUUUAAAAAACAA